AUGGCCCUCACAGCUCUUCGCAACCGCCUCCCGGCGCCUCGAUAUGACCAGCUUGCUCGACAGGCGAAACGCCAGGCAAGUGAAGCCACAACCGAAGCACAGGCAACCGCCCAAGAGCCAUCACCAAUCAAUGAGCUGGCAUCCAAGGCACCGGCCUGGUAUGCGUCUUCCUCCCGUCGAAAGCUAUACUUCCUUCUCUUCCCUGCCUGCGUCGUGUCGUACGCAACGUCCGGCUACGAUGGCAGCAUGAUGAACAGCCUACAGACCGUCUCGUACUGGGACGACUUCUUCGGCAACCCCCGCGGCUCGUCCCUCGGCCUCAUGAGUGCCAUCAUGGCGCUCGGCAGUGUCUGCUCAACUCCAAUCGCCCCCUGGGUUGCCGACAAGUACGGCCGCCGGUGGGGUAUCACCGUCGGCAGUAUCAUCAUGAUUGCAGGUGCCAUUCUGCAAUGCGAGAGCUCAUCGUACCCGAUGUUUGUGGGCAGCCGUUUUGUUCUUGGAUUCGGAUUGUCCUUUGCCACCACUGCUUCGCCUAGCAUGGUGUCUGAGUUGUCUCACCCCAAGGACAGAGUGACGAUAACAGCCAUUUGCAAUACAUGCUGGUAUCUCGGUAGUAUCGCGGCUGCGUGGAUCACGUACGGAACGAGAAACAUCCCCAACACCUGGUCUUGGCGUCUUCCGUCUCUUCUCCAGAUGGCUCCCAGUAUCGUUCAACUUAGCGCUAUCUGGUUUCUUCCCGAAUCCCCUCGGUGGCUCAUUGCCAACGGCAGAGGAGACGAAGCUUUGACGGCUUUGGCUAAAUACCACGGCGAUGGGGAGGAAUCCGAGUUAGUAAAGCUUGAAUAUGCCGAGAUUCAGGUGGCUAUCGAGUAUGAGAAGGCAUCGAGCAAUACGACAUGGAAAUCAAUGGUCAGCACCUCAGGCAACCGUUACCGAAUGUUUCUGGUUUUGUGUAUGGGCCUGUUUAGUCAGUGGUCUGGAAACGGCUUGAUCGCUUACUACCUUUCCCGUGUGAUGGACUCGAUCGGCAUCAAAGAUAAAAACACUCAGGCUCUCGUCAACGGCCUCAUCAAUAUUUGGAACUGGCUCAUCGCCCUCACCACCGCCUUCUUCGUCGAACGAAUCGGACGCCGGCCUUUAUUCCGUAUAUCUACCAUUGGCAUGCUUAUCAUGUUCACAGCUUGGACCAUUGCAUCGGAGCGCUUCGCAGUGACAAGGCUCAAGGCCGCUGGGACAGCUGUACUGGCCCUCAUCUUCGUGUACCAGUUCUUCUACUGCAUCGCAUUCUCCCCGCUUCCGGUUGCAUACUCUGUAGAGGUCCUGCCUUAUUCCAUUCGCGCCAAGGGCAUGGCAACAUAUGUCUUUUCUACGAAGAUAGCCGUAUUCGUCAACCAGUAUGUCAAUCCUGUCGGGCUCUCCAACAUUGGAUGGAAGUUCUACAUUGUCUAUGUGGCGGUUCUGGCUGUGGAGUCUGUCGUGGCUUAUGGAUGGUUCAUUGAGACAAAAGGAAAGGCUCUUGAAGAAAUUGCCGUAAUCUUUGAUGGGGAGGCUGGGGAGAUUCUUCAAAACACUAUCGGUGCAAAGUUGGGGGAUGAAGAGCCAACAUCAUUGCAGACAGAGGACCGCACAAAGACGGUUUCCAACUAG